AUGACUGAUACAAGUCCCCAAGGUCUACAGGAAACUGAAGUUCCAGAAACCAAUACCCAAAGGAACCAAUACGAAAACGUCCGAGUUUUGUCAUCGUGCAAGACGUGUAGUUACAAAGCCGAUACGCAAGUCAUUACGAGCGAACGGAUUCCGUAUGGAAACGACAUGUUUCAACAAGCUGCGCACUCAACUUUUCUGCUAACUGGGAUAUUGUUAACUUCGCUUUCUUUAUAG